AUGAACUUGCUACCACAUCUUGUGGUCUCCUUGUUUGCCAUCUUCCUAUGGAAAUUCCUACACUCGGUGAUAUGGGUCCCACUGAGGAUCCAAAACCACUUCCGCAAACAAGGCAUUCGGGGCCCUGCCUACCGUCCGAUCUUCGGAAACACGGCCGAGAUGAACCGGAUCAAAGCCCGAGUUCUGGGAAAGUCAAAAGGAUUUGACCAUGACAUCCUUCAGCGGGUCACUCCUUUCUACCACGAAUGGUCACCCAUGUACGGGAAGACUUUGCUGUGCUGGUUCGGGUCAAUGCCCAGAUUGGUGAUAUCCGACCCGGAAAUGAUAAAGGAAGUUCUGACCGAUACAAGUGGGGCGUUUGACAGGACUCCUUGGAACCCAUCGGUGAAGCUCUUCUUCGGACAAGGACUACUUGCUCUGGCUGGUGACCAAUGGGCUUUCCACAGAAAGAUCGCUAACCGAGCCUUUAGAUCGGAGCAAGUUAAGAGUUGGGUGCCAGAGGUUGUGGAAAGCACAACAAAAAUGCUUGAGAGGUGGAAAGAGAAUAGAGAAGAAAGGGAUGAAUUUGAACUUGAUGUGCACAAAGAACUUCAUGAACUCUCUGCGGACAUUAUAUCUAGAACAGCUUUUGGAAGCAGUUUUAAGAACGGAAAGCAAAUUUUCAAGCUGCAAGAGCAGCAAUUUCAGCUCACUCGAGAAGCUAUUAAUAGCGUCUACAUUCCCGGGUUCAGGUUUAUGCCUACUAAAAAGAACAGAGAGAGAUGGAGACUAAGGAAAGAGACUCACCAAUCUGUUCAAAUGUUGAUCGAUAAAACCUGCAGGAGCACAGAAAACUUGGGGAAUUUUCUUGGUCUGUUGAUGUCUACACAUAAAAAUCAAAAAGAUGAAGUAAGAUUAACAACCAAGGAAAUAGUAGACGAAUGCAAGACGUUCUAUUUCGCGGGAAAGGAAACAAGUGCCAAUCUCUUGACUUGGGCACUUCUCAUUCUAGCACUUCAUCAAGACUGGCAAAACAAGGCUAGAGAAGAAGUGAUGCAAGUUUGCAAACACAAUGAGCCAAUAACAGCUGAGGAUUUACACGACCUUAAGAUAAUUAGCAUGAUAAUCAAUGAAACGCUUAGACUCUACCCAAUAAGUGGUGCAAUGUUGAGGCAAGCAUCCGAAAAUGUGAAGGUUGGAAACCUUGACAUUCCUGCAGGAACAGAGUUAUAUUUGGCCAUGACUGCGACACAUCAUGAUAAGGAGAUAUGGGGAGAAGAUGCUAAUUGUUUUAACCCUUUGAGGUUUAAUGAGCCUAGAAAGCAUUUAGCCUCUUAUUUUCCAUUUGGGUUAGGACUCAGAAUCUGUGCUGGUCAGAAUUUAGCUCUGAUGGAGUCAAAGAUCGUCCUAGCUAUGAUCAUUAAGCAGUAUUCUUUUGUGCUGUCUCCAACAUAUGUUCAUGCCCCUAUGAUUUAUAUGAGUUUGCAGCCUCAGUAUGGCGCACCAAUCCUUUUUAGGAGGAUAUUUGGCUGA